UCCUAUAUACAACUCCCUUGGCCACAUCAAUCAGUCACCAGAUUUAAUUGCAAAAAAUGAACACCAAGGUUUGCGUCACGGGAGCUACAGGCUAUCUCGGUUCUGCCCUCGUUCACAAGUUGCUGGAAAAAGGUUAUGCCGUCCAUGCUACUCUCCGGAAUUUAGGUGAUGCAUCAAAGACAGGGCUGCUCAAAGCUCUUCCCCACGCAGACACAAGACUCUUAUUGUUUCAGGCAGAUAUCUACAAUCCUGAUGAGUUUGGUCCUGCUAUUCAAGGCUGCCAGGUGGUUUUCCACGUUGCCACUCCCUUGCAGCACGACGCCUCCAGCUCUCAGUAUAAGAAUACUUGUGAGGCAGCUGUUGCUGGGGUGAAGGCCAUUGUUGCAUCCUGCAUCAAAUCAGGAACUGUGAAGCAACUCAUCUACACUGCCUCUGUUGUAGCAUCAUCAGCAUUGAAGGAUGAUGGAUCAGGCUACAAGGACACAAUCGAUGAAUCCUGCUGGACUCCUCUCAAUGUCUCCUAUAGAUGCGCCACAGAUUUAUUAACUGCAUAUGUACGGUCAAAGACAUUGGCCGAAAAAGAAGUGCUGAGAUACAACGAUGAGAAGAAAUUAGAGGUGGUGAGUCUUGUUUGUGGACUCGUUGGAGGAUACAAAUUUCAAUCCUUGAUAGGCGAAAGCAUGAGAGUGCUAGUAUCCCAAGCUACCAAAGACAAGAUGAGGUAUCAAUCUCUCAGGUGUUUGGAGGAAGUGAUUGGAAAAAUUCCAGUUUUGCACAUUGAAGAUGUUAUUGAUGCCCAUAUCUUCUGCGUGGAAAACCCGGGCUUCACAGGCAGAUUUCUAUGUGCUUCUGAUCUUCUAAAAUCAGAGGAGAUUGCAACGUUGAUUCAAAGUUGUUGCUCAGAAAGCAAAAUUCCCGAUGAGCAAAAAAAUGACUUGGCAAGUUUGUUUGUGGCCACACGAUUUACAGCUAGCGUUGCUGGGGGACUGGGUCUAUCCAAGUAUUUGCCUAAUGCAAAUUGUGGGUGUGUGCGUGCGUGCUGGCAGACGAAGUUCAUUGAGGAUUCGAAUAGAGAUAUUAGAUGGGGCUCCUCAAAGCUGGAGGAAUUGGGCUUUCGCUACAAAUAUGACGCUAGGGUGACCCUAAUUGACUCUCUUCAGUAUUUCAGGGUUCCACGGGAGAGUUCCUAAAACACUACCAUAUAAGCAUGUCAUUUCUAGUAAGGUUGAGAAAUCCCACCCAACAAGUAAGGUGAAUUUUAUGGUCCCUUUUGGGAACCAUUUUAUCAACUUGUAUCUCUCAUUAAAGAUAAAUGACCAUUUAAUAAUGUUUAAACUAGAGGUCAAUAGCACUUCUUUCACUAUC